AUGAUUGAGGCCGCAUCGGCUGUUAAAGAAGAGAUCAAACAAUGUUAUGAACUCAUAAAUAGAUUAGGAAGAGGAGUUGUGUAUCUAGGUUCUUCUAGGAUGGGCUCGAGCCAUUCACAUUAUGUCCAAGCACAAGAAUUGGCUAAUGGGAUAUGCUUAGAUUUCUUCGCAUAUAACAAAUCAUUUGGACUGCAUUACAUGUUCAGGAGCUGGACCAGGACUAAUGGACGCUGUUACUCGAGGCGUUCUGCUGGCAGGGAAACCAGUUGGCGGAUUAAAGAUAUGAAAAGAAGCCAGGGAAUGGACAGCAUCAAACUUUCACCUAUAACCAUCAGAAAAUUACCUUACCUGCAGUUCAGGUUUUUCUAUGCAAGGAAGUAUGGACUGGUCGAUGCUAUAGUGAGGAACAAUUCACUAGAUAAAACUGCUGUUGUUACCCUUCCUGGUGGGAUUGGCACUCUAGAUGAGAUAUAUGAAAAUAUAGUUUACAGAAAAUAG